AUGAAGUCAAAUAAACCCUUUGAAAUCAUCUACGAAACGGAAAAAGUAGCAGACAAAAUUAUCACAAACAAGCGACACAUCACAGAGCUGAGCCAGAAGAAGGAAGACACACGAGAAGCCAUUCGAGAGCUACAGAAAUCCACACAGACCAAGGCAUGGACGAGCGUUUCGGGAAUGCUCGUGAAAACAACGAAGGAAAUCGCACUGGAACUGCUAAAAAAGGAUCAAAAGACGUUAGAAGAUGAAAUAAACAAAUUACGAGAUGAGAAUAAGUUGCUGGUUAAGAAACAUCGCGACCUGGAACAGAACUCCCCACUCACCGGUUUCGACUUGAAGCCACUUUCUUCGAAGGAAAUUGCCGGGUUGAGAAGUAAUCUUCCGUAUUUUUGA